AGAUUCCCUCAUGCAAGAGAUGGCUGAGAAGUUAUAAGCUGCGAUAUGAAGUUGAUCAAAUACAAGCAUGAAUCGUUUCUGGGGGGAGCAGGCUGGUUGUUUUGCUUCAUCGGCUUUUUUGUUCUCCUUCUUUUCUUCUUCCUCGGGAUCUACCCGCAACUGGAAGACUACUGGAUGUGGACAGCUGAUAGAUGUUAUGUAAUCGCACAGAACAAGACGUGCAGUACAAUCCCGUCUGAAGAUGCUUGCUCAGUCUCUGUGCGGGUUCUCAUGGAACGGAACCCAGUAUGUGCGAGAGAAAUCUGCACCAAGAGAUCAGCUACCGUCUACAACGACCCCAGCACUGAGGACGCCAUGUUUUGGCUUCGCAACUACGCCGUGAACACAAGUCAUGUAUGCUACGAGAACGACAGCCAGGGAGUCGUCUCAUUCCAUGAGCCUUCCUCGGUCACUACCAGCCAGAUGCUCGUUGCGGUGUUCGUGAGCAUGAUCUUCUUCGUCCCGGCGUGCAUUUUCAUCCCGGCCUUUCUCCAGCCGGGCUCGUACAUGGCUCAAUUCUUGAAGAGAAUCGGGAUUCAGAAGUCAGAGGAGCUGUUGGAGCAUCAUGAACUGCAAGAGAGCCCGACGCAUCCGCCCAACUCAGCGGAAGUGAGCCUUUCCUCCAAGAUCUGGAUGGACGUUAAUACGGGCAGUAGAGACAGCCCGCAUGCCAAGCCUUGAUCGUCAACUAUUCUCGUCUAUUGCCAGCUGCUCUCUCCAGCCUUCUCUCACUCGUCUUGCUCAAA